AUGCCAAAUCAAGGGAGCGGCCAGAUUCAAUUGUGGCAAUUUCUGCUGGAACUUUUGGCGGAUGCCGCUUCAAAUGCUCACUGCAUCGCGUGGGAAGGCGGCAGCGGAGAAUUCAAGUUGGUUGAUCCGGACGAAGUAGCACGGAAAUGGGGAGAACGAAAAAGCAAACCGAAUAUGAACUACGAUAAACUCAGCCGGGCAUUACGGUAUUACUACGAUAAGAACAUCAUGACAAAGGUUCAUGGUAAGAGGUACGCCUACAAAUUUGACUUUCAAGGACUUGCACAAGCCUGUCAGAAUUCGAUGAACAGUGGGAGUGACAUUUCGACCGCAGUUCAAUCGCUUAGCCCCUAUCAAAAUAUAUCAAAGCUUACGCCUUCACAAGUGCCAUAUCAAUUAUUGGGAGGUUCAGACAGGUUAGCACAAGCAGUUCCCGUCUGCAGUACAUAUUGGCCAGCCCAACCACAGGCUUACAUCUAUCCCACAGUGUCAUACUAUAGUUCCAAACCAUCGUUGUAA